UUAUAGUUCCCACGAAAAGUGCUAAAAAAUGAGUCUUUACAACGCCGACGAACUAACAGCCCCAUCAUGGAUAGAUGGAGAAUUUUUGCAAAAAGUACUUGGACAAUACGAAAAUAAGGGAGAUGUGGAGAUCCUUUCCUACGAUAUGAGUCCUGCCAGCAUGAAAGGUGAUCAUUAUGCCAGCAUUAUGUUUCGCUGCAAAGUGAAUUAUAGACAGACGAACACUGGCCGUCGCAUCUUGAAAAAAUCUUUAAUUAUUAAAACUUUGCCGGUGGAGGACGGCCACAAGCGAGAAAUGUUGAUGCAAUCGAAACUUUUUGAAACCGAAAUUGAUAUGUAUGCGGAAACGUUGCCAAAAAUCGAAAAAAUCUUGGCUGGUUGUGGUGAACCGACUAAACUGUCAGCAGGUCUUAUCUACCAUUCUUUGGACCCCCACAAGAUCAUCAUUUUCGAAGAUCUCUGCGAAUUGGGCUAUGACACAGUACGCUCCCGUUUUCUUACCGAAAAUGAAAUCAAGGCAGUCUACAGUAAAUUGGCCAAAUUACAUGCUGUCUCCUACAUGCUUGGCAAUAGUGAAAAUCAUGCGCUGGUUACCAAAUACCAGGAGGGCAUUUUUAGUACCAGCAUGCCCUUGGCCGAUGAAAUGAUGCGAUCUGGCAUUAAUAAUUUCAUUGAUAUGCUUUCCUGCUAUGAGGAAUUCGAUGUCUACUAUGAAAAAAUCAAAUUAAUGAAGGAUAAGCUAAGUCGUCUGUGUAAGGAUCUGUACAGAUCCUAUACCCUGAAUAAUGGCAAAGGAGACAUAUUUGUCUUGAAUCAUGGUGAUUUCCAUAUGAAAAAUAUGAUGUUUAAAUUUGACAAAAAACAACAAAUGGAGGAUGUCAUGAUGGUGGACUAUCAAAUCAGCUGCUAUGCUCCCUCGAAUAUUGAUUUGGUCUAUUCUCAAUUUAUGAUGCUUAGUCCUGAGUUGCGUCUGAGGCGUCAUGAGUUAAUGCAGUACUACUUUACCGAAUUCAUAAGAAUUCUAAGGAAAAUUAACUAUCAGGGAGAGUUGCCAUUGUAUUCGCAGUUUCAAAUGGCCGGUUUGAAAUAUCGUCAUUUUACUGUUUUCUUAGUGGCCACCUUUUUGCCCAUGGUUGUGGGUAUUAUAGGAAAACCCUUAGAGGAGCUCAAAGAUGUGGAUACAGAUAAAAUGUUCGAAAACCCUGAUAUGAUUGCAAUGAUUUAUCGUGCCCCCGCCUUUGUUGAGGAAGCGCGAAAAAUAUUACCCAUUUUAUUAAGAGAAGGUUAUCUCGAUUAGCAUAACA